AUGAAUGCACAAACUGCCAAGCGGAGGUUGGCGUUGGAUGAGUCGGACCACCAGUACCCCAUCGAAGGAGCCAGGACCCCCAGGGGAAAGGCUGGAGGAGCCUYCGGGCCAGGGCUCAAGAGCCCCAAAACUCCAAAGUCACCGGCAGAGAAGACGCGUUACGACACGUCGUUGGGCCUGCUAACGAAGAAGUUUGUUGAGCUGCUGGGCCAGUCGUCUGACGGCGUCAUCGACCUCAAUCAGGCUGCAGAGGUUCUCAAGGUUUACCUUCUGCAGGCCAAGCGGAGGUUGGCGUUGGAUGAGUCGGACCACCAGUACCCAAUCGAAGGAGCCAGGACCCCCAGGGGAAAGGCUGGAGGAGCCUUCGGGCCAGGGCUCAAGAGCCCCAAAACUCCAAAGUCACCGGCAGAGAAGACGCGUUACGACACGUCGUUGGGCCUGCUAACGAAGAAGUUUGUUGAGCUGCUGGGCCAGUCGUCUGACGGCGUCAUCGACCUCAAUCAGGCUGCAGAGGUUCUCAAGGUACAGAAGAGACGCCUCUAUGACAUCACCAACGUGCUGGAGGGGGUGCACCUGAUCAAGAAGAAGKCUAAGAAUAACAUACAGUGGAUGUAAGGGCUGUAACUGUCGGAGGAUGGGGGUACGUUGACCAGCAGCCAGAGUCUGAGCAGUGAGCUGUCUGACCUGGGUCAGGAGGAGAGGAGACUGGACGAGCUGAUCCAGAGCUGUACCCUGGACGUCCAACAGAUGACAGAGGCCUCGCACAGCCACAAGUUUGCCUAUGUGACGUACCAAGACAUCCGUCAUCUGCGUCACCUGAAGGACCAGACAGUCAUCGUCUGGGCAGUUUUGGGUCCGUGUCACCUGAGGUUGAGACAUAACUGUUCUAUAACUAAUCAGUGGKUCUUGUUUGUUUCCCAGGGCCUGUCUGUCCUCCUCACCAGYACCAAGGGGCCUAUCGAGGUGUUCCUCUGUCCGGAGGAGAACGCCAGUAGUCCUGUGAAGAAUGGCGGCCCGGAUGUCCAAGGAAACUCCUCCCCUUUCCUCAAAGUGUCAGCAGAGAGUGCAACAGGCGGCAGCGGUAACGACUACGUCCCUCCAGCUCCGUCUGCGGUGAUGGUGACCAACCUGUCCCCCAUCACCUCCCCUUUCACCAGCCUGCUGCUGCAAACGGAGGACCAGAUCCCCUCCUCCCUGUCUGGGCUCCUGGAGGGCCACGGGGCCGGGCCCUUCGUCAACCUGUCCCCUCCUCUUCUCAACGAGGACUACAUGCUGAGCUUAGAGGAUGACGAGGGAAUCAGCGAUCUGUUCGACACAUACGACUUUGACAAGCUUCCCCUGGAAGAACUCAUGUGUCCCUCUAUGUAAGAGGGAGGGGUGGAAGACAAGGAUGUGUCUCGUCCCCCCCCCUCCUUAUUACUGAAUAGAGGAAGACAUAGGGGACACUUGUCUCUUCUGUGUGUUCACAUGUACCAGGAGAGACGGGGGAAAUGUCUGCUGUGUUCACAA